AUGAAUACCAAUCUGAGUCUUUUUUACUCGCACCGCUCGGAGGCGGUGCUGAUAAAUCCAGGCAAGGGCAAGUCAUCUGGUGAAGUUUUGAGGGCUCUACGCUCGGGGUUGCAACCGGAGGAUUUAGGCUUAGUGGUAAGGGCCGUGUGGACUCCCAGAAAAGGUGGUCUUCUUAUUGAGUUCGACGGAUCUGUUAAAGAUCGCUCAAAACUCUGCAAAAGAGUCACUGAAGCUGCCGGAAGUGAAGUAGGGGUGCGCCAUCUUGUCAGUACCACUACGGUGGUUAUAGAGGGGUGGGACGCCGCCAGAACGGUCGAAGAAGUCAAGGAGGCAGUAAGGAAGGAUAUUAGUGAAGGUGUAGACGGGCUCAAACUAUCAAUCACGCAAGCUAACAAAUGGGGACUCGAUACCGCUGCGACUUUAGAGGCCUUGGGAAAGAUUAAGUUCGGUUGGUAG